GCGCGCGGCUGCGGCGGCGGAGCCAGAGCCGGGAGCGGGAGCCGCGGCCGGAUCGCAGCCCGCGGGGCCCGCCGCCGCCAUGGGUAACCGUGGCAUGGAAGAUCUCAUCCCGCUGGUCAACCGGCUGCAGGACGCCUUCUCCGCCAUCGGCCAGAACGCUGACUCGACUGCCGCCGUGGUGGGCGGCCAGAGCGCGGGGCAGGUGACCCUCCUCUCGCCUCUAAUUCCCUGCAGAGACUUCCUGCCCCGAGGAUCUGGCAUUGUCACCAGACGCCCGCUGGUCCUGCAGCUGGUCAAUGCCUCCACAGAAUAUGCCGAGUUCCUGCACUGCAAGGGGAAGAAAUUCACCGACUUCGAGGAGGUGCGCCUGGAGAUCGAGGCUGAGACCGACCGGGUCACCGGCACCAACAAAGGCAUCUCGCCGGUGCCCAUCAACCUCCGAGUCUACUCGCCGCACGUGCUGAACCUGACCCUGGUGGACCUGCCCGGAAUGACCAAGGUCCCGGUGGGGGACCAGCCUGCAGACAUCGAGUUCCAGAUCCGGGACAUGCUCAUGCAGUUCGUCACCAAGGAGAACUGCCUCAUCCUGGCCGUGUCCCCGGCCAACUCGGACCUGGCCAACUCGGAUGCCCUCAAGAUCGCCAAGGAGGUGGACCCCCAGGGUCAGCGCACCAUCGGGGUCAUCACCAAGCUGGACCUGAUGGACGAGGGCACAGACGCCCGCGAUGUGCUGGAGAACAAGCUGCUGCCCCUGCGCAGAGGCUACAUUGGGGUGGUGAACCGGAGCCAGAAGGACAUUGAUGGCAAGAAGGACAUCACGGCUGCCUUGGCCGCCGAACGCAAGUUCUUCCUCUCCCACCCAUCCUACCGCCACUUGGCUGACCGCAUGGGCACGCCCUACCUGCAGAAGGUCCUCAACCAGCAACUGACGAACCACAUCCGAGACACGCUGCCCGGGCUGCGUAACAAGCUGCAGAGCCAGCUGCUGUCCAUCGAGAAGGAGGUGGACGAGUAUAAGAACUUCCGUCCUGACGACCCAGCGCGCAAGACCAAGGCCCUACUGCAGAUGGUCCAGCAGUUCGCCGUGGACUUUGAAAAGCGUAUUGAGGGCUCAGGGGACCAGAUCGACACCUAUGAGCUGUCGGGGGGAGCUCGCAUCAACCGCAUCUUCCACGAGCGCUUCCCCUUUGAGCUGGUCAAGAUGGAGUUUGACGAGAAGGAACUCCGAAGGGAGAUCAGCUAUGCCAUCAAGAAUAUCCAUGGCAUUAGGACAGGCCUCUUCACACCUGACCUCGCUUUUGAAGCCACAGUGAAAAAGCAGGUGCAGAAGCUCAAAGAGCCCAGUAUCAAGUGUGUGGACAUGGUAGUCAGUGAGCUCACGUCCACCAUCAGAAAGUGUAGUGAAAAGACCUCUGCCAUACCCCGGCUGCGCGAGGAGAUGGAGCGCAUCGUGACCACCCACAUCCGGGAGCGCGAGGGGCGCACCAAGGAGCAGGUCAUGCUCCUCAUCGACAUUGAGCUGGCUUACAUGAACACCAACCAUGAGGACUUCAUCGGCUUUGCCAAUGCUCAGCAGAGGAGCAGCCAGAUGAACAAGAAGAAGGCUUCAGGGAACCAGGAUGAGAUUCUGGUCAUCCGGAAGGGCUGGCUGACCAUUAACAAUAUUGGCAUCAUGAAGGGGGGCUCCAAGGAGUAUUGGUUUGUGCUGACGGCCGAGAAUCUGUCCUGGUACAAGGAUGAUGAGGAGAAAGAGAAGAAGUACAUGCUGUCCGUGGACAACCUGAAGCUGCGGGACGUGGAGAAGGGCUUCAUGUCGAGCAAGCAUAUCUUCGCCCUCUUUAACACGGAGCAGAGGAAUGUCUACAAAGACUAUCGGCAGCUGGAACUGGCCUGUGAGACACAGGAGGAGGUGGAUAGCUGGAAGGCCUCCUUCCUGAGGGCUGGCGUGUACCCCGAGCGUGUUGGGGACAAGGAGAAAGCCAACGAGACGGAGGAGAAUGGCUCAGACAACUUCAUGCACUCCAUGGACCCCCAGCUGGAGCGGCAGGUGGAGACCAUCCGGAACCUGGUGGACUCGUACAUGGCCAUCGUCAACAAGACCGUGCGCGACCUGAUGCCUAAGACCAUCAUGCACCUCAUGAUUAACAAUACCAAGGAAUUCAUCUUCUCGGAGCUGUUGGCCAACCUGUACUCGUGCGGGGACCAGAACACACUGAUGGAGGAGUCAGCCGAGCAAGCUCAGCGGCGGGAUGAGAUGCUGCGCAUGUACCACGCACUGAAGGAGGCGCUCAGCAUCAUCGGCGACAUCAACACGACCACUGUCAGCACGCCCAUGCCGCCGCCCGUGGACGACUCCUGGCUGCAGGUGCAGAGUGUACCGGCUGGACGCAGGUCACCCACGUCCAGCCCCACGCCGCAGCGCCGAGCCCCCGCCGUGCCCCCAGCCCGGCCCGGGUCGCGGGGCCCUGCUCCUGGGCCUCCGCCUGCUGGGUCCGCCCUGGGGGCGGCGCCCCCCGUGCCCUCCAGGCCGGGGCUUUCCCCUGACCCCUUCGGUCCUCCCCCCCAGGUGCCCUCGCGCCCCAACCGUGCCCCGCCCGGGGUCCCCAGCAGGAAGGGCCCAGCCUCACCUACGCGACCUGCGGUCCCCCGACCACCUGAGGCUCCCCUCUUAGACUUAUAAGCCUGUGGCCACUGCAUGCAGCUGCCUGUCCUCCACUCCCCAGGGUCCCUUCAGAGGACUCCUGAGCUUUCUGCCCACCCAGAGAGGCCUCCAGGGCUCCCUCCAGCCAUCCUGUUAGCUUUGCCUUCCUGGUUGGAACAGUGUUCUUUCUCCUGUCUUUUCCAUCAGGCCUGGUAGCUGUUGCCUGGGCUCAGAGCCCCAUCCUCCCUGAGCUAGUGUGGCCUGG